UUCUCCUCCCUCCUCCCUCCUCCUGUCACUCACUUUUUCCAGGUUCUGGAUCCACUUCAGGACCCUCCCCCGGUUCGGAUGCUCGGCUGGAUUUCUCUCCAAACGUUCGGAGUGUUUCUGCAGGACUGAAGCUGUUUUCUGUUGGAUUUCAUCAGAAAGAAGUUGUUUCCUGUGAUGAACUGAAUGUGUUGUUCGGUCUGAGGACCAUGCAGGCUUCCAGCUGCUCUGCUGCUCUGCAGCUUCUUGGCUUCCUGAUCGCUCUGAGCUGCUGCCUGGACCCCAGAGACCCCAACGUGUGCAGCCUGUGGGAGAGCUACACCACCUCAGUCAAAGAGUCCUACUCUCAUCCUUACGAUCACGUGACCGAGGAGCCGUGCUCGGACCCUCGGACCUCCUACAGAUGCACGCGCCACAGGAUCACCUAUAAAACUGCCUACAGGCAGGCGGUGAGGACGGAGUACCGCAGGAGGUACCAGUGCUGUCCAGGAUACUAUGAGAGCGGAGACAAAUGUGUCCCUCACUGCAGCAGGGAGUGCGUCCACGGCCGAUGUGUGGCUCCGGACCGCUGCCAGUGUGAGAAGGGCUGGAGAGGAGACGACUGCUCCAACGACUGUGAUGCCAAACACUGGGGUCCGGGCUGCCAUCAGGACUGUAAGUGUGAGAGCGGGGCCCUCUGCGACCCGCUGACCGGGGCCUGUCAGUGCCCGCCGGGCUUCAUCGGACCCCUCUGUGAGGACCCCUGUCCUGCGGGGACCUACGGGAGGGGCUGUCUGCAGACCUGCAAGUGUAAAAACGGAGCGUCCUGCAAUAAAUCCAGCGGGGAGUGCACGUGUCGGGACGGCUUCACCGGGACUUUCUGUGAGAAGACAUGUAAAAAGAAAUGUCAGCUGCGAUGUCCCUGUCAGAACGGCGGGACCUGUAAGGGCACCGGGGUCUGCGCCUGUCCUCCUGGAUGGACGGGUCCGGUCUGCACAGAACCCUGUCCUGAUGGACGGUUUGGAGAGAACUGCUCUGAGGAGUGUGUUUGUCACAACGGUGGGAAGUGUGACCCGAGGACGGGACAGUGCCGGUGCACCGACGGCUUCACCGGGACCAGGUGUAACGAGGACUGCGCUGCGGGGUCUUACGGGCCGGACUGUAAAGGCGUGUGUGAUUGUGCGAACGGAGCGAGCUGCUUCAACAUCGACGGCAGCUGCCUGUGUGAGCCGGGCUUCAGCGGGCCGCGCUGCCAGAACCGCAUGUGUGAGCCCGGGACCUACGGCAUGCACUGCGAGCAGAGGUGUCUCUGUCAGGACAAACACACGCUCAGCUGUCAUCCAAUGAAAGGAGAGUGCACGUGUCAGCCGGGGUGGGCGGGGCUUCACUGCAACGAGACCUGCGCUCACGGUUUCUACGGUCACGGCUGCGUGGAGCCGUGUCUCUGCGUGAACGGAGGCGUGUGUGACAGCUCCACGGGGCGGUGCCGGUGUGCCCCGGGGUUCACGGGUCUUCACUGUGAGAGUCCGUGUAAGAGCGGCACGUACGGCAGGAACUGCUCUGUGGAGUGCUCCUGUGAGAACUUCAUCGACUGCUCGCCCAUCGACGGGACCUGCUUCUGCAAAGAGGGCUGGAGGGGUCCGGACUGCUCGGAGCCCUGCGCUGAGGGGACCUGGGGCCCCGGAUGCAACGCCACCUGCCGCUGCAGCAACGGGGCCAAGUGCAACCCUGCAGACGGAUCCUGUAAAUGCUCGGCUGGCUGGCAGGGGGCGCACUGCGAGCAGCCGUGUCGUGUGGGCUCGUUCGGCCCCGGCUGUCUGAAGAGGUGCGACUGCCUUCACGCCAGCGGCUGCCGGCCCGCCGCCGGGGAGUGCCUCUGUCUGCCAGGCUGGACGGGCCGCCGCUGCAGUGAGCCCUGUCCUGAGGGUCUUUGGGGGUCCCACUGUAACCAGACCUGCUCUGAGCGCUGCCCCAACAGCGACACGUGUUUAAAGAAAACCGGGGAGUGCGUGUGUCGCCCCGGCUACUGGGGGGCCACCUGCCAGAACAACUCCUCGGAGCAGGUGGGCAGCGUCAUGGUUCCCCUGCCCCCAGGUGAGAAGGAGUCCUGGGGAGCCAUCGGUGGCAUCGUGGUGCUGGUCCUCCUGGUGGUCCUGCUGCUGGCCCUGCUGCUGCUCUACAGGAGGAGGCAGAAGGAGAAGCAGAACAACACGCCCACCGUCUCCUUCUCCACCAGCCGCGGCGUCAACUCUGAGUACGCCGUUCCAGACGUUCCUCACAGCUACCAUCAUUACUACUCCAACCCCAGUUACCACACCCUGAACCAGAGCCAGCCUCCGCUGCCACACCUGCCCAACAACCACGAGCGCAUCAUCAAGAACAACAACCAGCUGUUCUGCAGCGUGAAGAACGCAGCGAGGGAGCGGCGCGCCUUGUUCGGAGUGGAGAGCAACGCCACGCUGCCCGCAGACUGGAAACACCACGAGGCCCGCAAAGACUCAGGAGCUUUUGGCAUCGACAGGAGCUACAGCUACAGCGCCAGCCUCGGAAAAUAUUACAACAAAGAGCUGAAGGACCUGGCGGCUGUGAGCAGCAGCUCUCUGAACAGCGAGAACCCUUACGCCACCAUCAAGGACCUGCCGGGACCCCCGUUCUGCCCCCCGGAGAGCAGCUACAUGGAGAUGAAGGCGGCCGUCCCCAGAGAGCGGGCGUACACCGAGAUCAGCCCACCGCCCUUCCACGUGGCCACGCUGCGCCGAGAGCGUCAGAGCUCCCUUGGCCACGCCCCCCUCGAUGACCCCCAGAGCCACUACGACCUCCCUGUGAACAGCCACAUCCCGGGACACUACGACCUGCCCCCGGUCCGCCGGCCCCCCUCCCCCCGGCCCUCCCCCAGGAGAACUCUGCAGUGAUGAAGAGGAGUAAAGACCUUCAGCUCAGUGAUGGAGCCACCUGUCGGGGCAGCACCGCCCCCUGUGGGCUCAGGGUGGUACUGCACCCCCUCGGACUCGGGGCUGGUUGAGUGAAUCACUUUGUUUGUUCCUGGGAGAAGUUUGUCUGCGAUGAUUCCUCCGUCUGUUCAAACGAGUUUUAUUUCCUGCAGUUUGAUGCCGUCGCUCCUGAACGUGGCUUUUUGCUGCUGCUGGAAUCCAAACUUUGUAAAUAUAAAGAUGAAUAUAACGUUAAGCUCACAUGAAUGUAGAACAAAGCCAGUUUUCAGUGCUUCACAGGAUUCAGAACCAUGUGUUUUACAGAUCAACAGAUAGAAAGCACAAACAGGAAGUGAUGAAUUACAGAAAAUCAGAUCAGACCAUUCAAAACAAGUUUCUUCACUUUCAAGGUACAAAAAUCAGCCUGAGGUUUGAGCAGGUGUGUUUUAUCAUCUGCAGCUGGUCCGUGUGACCAGGUGUUGAUCUUCAUUUGGCCUUUUAUUUAAAAAUGUCUUGCCAUCAUCCCUCUUGGCUUUAAAGGGGACAUAUCCUGUAAAAUCUACCUUUUUUAAAUUCAUUUUGUUGGACUUGGAGUUUCUAGGAGGCAGAAAAGAUGAAUUUAGUCUCUCCAGGUGCAAAGAUUUCUUUAUAUGAGUCAGAUUUUUCAGCCUGUUCAGUUUUCUCUAUUUUCUAUGACGUUUUCAGAAAUAUUAUGUUAAAUUAUAGAAUUACCAAA